AUGAAUGUUACAACCUUGUCCCUGCUGGCCCUGACGAAGUAUGCCAGCGAAAACACAGCAGAUGUUCUGGGCCGGAAGGCCGAAGCAAGUGUCUUCCUGGCGGAGUUCGUGGGUAUUCACAUGGCGGUGGAGAUGGGUCGACUCCAGGGCGGCCGGGAGGUGACGAUCUUCUCGGACAGCCAGACCGCCAUCCAGGCGAUAGAUGGACCCCAAGCCACAGGGCAGCAGGCCAUCAGCAUGAUUGCCAAGGAAUGGGAUACACUUCGGACACGAGGAGUCCAUGUGGUCAUACGCUGGAUCUCGGGCCGUCAGGGAAUUGAGGGCAAUGAAAUCGUAGAUAAGGCUGCAAAGGAGGCUACAGGAUGGAGGCUCGUGCGGAAUACAAGGACGAGACGUCCAUACCAACACCGACUUGACGACUCCAAGACUGGGGCGUCUCAGGCCAACCCGGUCAGCUCUCAACAGAAAGCUGAAAGCACAAGUCUAUGA